CUUCGUCCCUCUUUGGCUUCCCUCCACUCUUCAAUGGAGAUUUGGAGAGCUCGAGCUCUCAGAGCCAUCGUCUUCUCCCCCUUCUCGCCAUUCAACAAGACCUCUCUUUGCUCUUUCCAAACCCUAGCUCAGCCUCUGCCGCUUUCAUCCUUUCCCCUACUCCGCCGCUGCUUUGUCGUGCCACCGCCGCCGCGCCACCACCUGCUCCUCUUCCCGCGACUUCCCCUGGCAGCGAGAACUCUCGCUUCCCUAUCUUCCGGGCCGGAGCUUGAAUGGAGGGAGGAUCAACAGCACACGCCUGUGUCCUGCUCGGAGGACGAGGGUUGUCAGGACCAUCUCCUUGAGGUCCAGCAGGAGAAGCAGAGCCGCUUCGUUCCCGUCAAGGCUUACUUCCUCUGCACUGGUAUCGAUUUGAAGAGUUUGCAGGCUCAGAAUGCUUUCAAUGUCAUUCCUCCAACUUCUCGCGCCACCAAUUAUGUUGUUCUUAGGUUCUUUGACAUUAAGGCUGAGCCUCAUGGCCUCGAGGCUGGUUUUGGGAAUGAGAAUUACUGCCACUAUAUGGUUGUUUUCCAAUAUGGUUCUGUUGUUCUUUUCAAUGUUUCGGAUCAUGAAGCUGAUGGAUAUUUGAAAAUAGUGGAGAAACAUGCAUCAGGUUUGCUACCUGAGAUGAGAAAGGAUGAUUAUGCGGUGGUAGAGAAACCGUCUUUGGAGACCUGGAUGCAAGGUGGACUUGAUUAUAUUAUGCUGAAAAAUUUGAGCAUUGAUGGAAUCCGAACUAUUGGAAGUGUUCUUGGGCAAAGUAUUGCUCUAGACUAUUACAUUAGACAAGUUGAUGGAAUGGUUGCAGAAUUCACAGACAUCAACCGUGGUAUGGAGAAAACUGGUACCUUCACUAUGCAAAGAAAAAAACUUUUCCAACUUGUGGGGAAGGCAAACUCCAACUUAGCUGAUGUCAUUCUUAAACUAGGUGUUUUUGAGAGAUCAGACAUUGCCUGGAAAAAUGCUAAUUAUGCUCAGAUAUGGGAGUAUCUUAGGGAUGAAUACGAGCUGACUCAAAGAUUUGGAAGCCUUGAUUUUAAGCUAAAGUUUGUUGAGCACAAUAUUCGGUUCCUCCAAGAAAUUCUUCAAAAUAGAAAAUCUGAUUUCUUGGAAUGGCUCAUUAUUAUUCUGAUUAGUGUGGAGAUACUUAUUUCUGUUUUCAACAUUGCCCGGGAAUCUCCAAUAUCUUCAAUGUGAAAGAGAUCAUGGACUUCAGAAGCCACAAAAGAAAUUCAAACCAAUGCUUGAAUAACUUCAUGCCAUGGUUUGUGUUCAGAUUAAUCAUUGAGCUUUUGAAUUUACAGUCUCCCAGUAACACCCUGUAAAAAAGAAGAGUUACAUAUUUAUAAUCUUGUUAGUGGUAACCUUUUUAAAGCAUCAA